AUGGCCAACUGUAGAUUUAAUAAGAAGAAGAAGAAAAAGAAGGGAGAUAAACAAAUGGUACAAUAUUAUGAAGAUUCAAUACACAAUAAAGCUCCAAUGAAUGUAGAGAAGUUUUAUGUUGAGUCCUUUCAUGCCAAUUACCAGCAUUUGAAUAAAAACGGAACAAGGGGUUAUAAUUUAAACGAAGAUGAAUGGACACAAAAAGUUCCUAUUGACGAUGCCUCUGCAGAUUGCUCUUUGGUUAUGAAAAAGAAGAAGAUAAAGAAGGGAGAUAAACAAAUGGUACAAUAUUAUGAAGAUUCAAUACACAAUAAAGCUCCAAUGAAUGUAGAGAAGUUUUAUGUUGAGUCCUUUCAUGCCAAUUACCAGCAUUUGAAUAAAAACGGAACAAGGGGUUAUAAUUUAAACGAAGAUGAAUGGACACGAAGAGUUCCUAUUGACGAUGCCUCUGCAGAUGGCUCUUUGUUAGUGCAAAAUGAAGAAGGUGCGAUUAAUGAUAAAACUACAUUGAAUUUUGAUAAGUUGUACGAUGAGAUGAACGGACAAGAAGGAUUCCUUUUGGUGAUGCCUCUGAAGAUGGUACAAUAUUAUGAAGAUUCAAUACACAAUGAAGCUCCAAUGAAUGUAGAGAAGUUUUAUGUUGAGUCCUUUCAUGCCAAUUACCAGCAUUUGAAUAAAAACGGAACAAGGGGUUAUAAUUUAAACGAAGAUGAAUGGACACAAAGAGUUCCUAUUGACGAUGCCUCUGCAGAUUGCUCU